UCGGUCCAAGGUGUACUUUCGUUUUCCUCUCCACUACUGCACCACCAAACCAUUCGAUUGGACUGGAGCGCCGAUGCGCCGCGGUGCGCAACGGUGUAACAGACCUUCGAAACUGUUAAAAUACGUUAAAAUUUCUCGCGUUUUGAACGGGACGCGGCGUAUUCUUAUCGUUCGGCGCCAUUCGUCGCUGUGUAUUCAUUAUUCUCAGUUUGUUUGUCAAUCCGAACCUCGUGUCCGUUUGCUUUCGUCUGCCAUUCUUUCAUUUGCCAUUCGUCGCAGUGUAUUCAUCAUUCUCCGUGUGUUUGUCAUUCCGAACGUCGUGUCCGUUUGCUUCGCGUUUUCCUUCGCACGAUUGGUUAAUUUCGCGUCGUUUUGAUACCCGUUAUGUUUUGGUUUUGAAAACCAAAUCUCACAGCGAUUAAAAUGAAUACAGUAGAUACUUCUGAUGCUUUGGAUUUAACCAAAGAAAAUAUUAGACCUUUAAAACAAGGUAGAAAACCAAUACAAUUGGAAGCAGCUUUACAAGCUCAAUCUAACUCAGAAAUUCAACAACAGUUGAAUAAAGAUAAAGAAAAAUUUGAACAUGCUAUUCGUACAUAUGAAGGUGAAGAUCCCUUAGCUCCACGUUUUGAAUAUGUCAAAUGGUUGGAACAAAUAUAUCUAAAACAUGGACCUGAAAGUAAUUUAAUGCCUCUAAUUGAAGAAACUGUACAAAGGUUUAAAAAUGAUCCAAAAUACAAACAAGAUCCAAGAUUUAUUCAAAUUUUAAUCAAUUUUAUUGAAAAUCAAACAAAUGCUAUUGAGUUAUAUCAGACAGUUUAUAAUCAAGGAAUUGGUACAAUGUGUGCAAUAUUUUAUCGAGCAUGGGCUGAUUUAUUGGACCGAUAUAAUGAUUUCAAACGUGUGGAUCAAAUAUUUUUGCUGGGGAUUAAUGCUAAGGCUGAACCUGUUGAAGAAUUAGAACAAGCUCAUCUUCAAUUUCAAUUAAGUGUUGCUAGACGACUUCUAAAUGGACAGUUAUCAAAUGAUGAGGAUAAAAAUUCAGAACUUGGAAAAAGACAAGCAUUCAGUGUUUUAAAAUCAUCAGAAACACGCAGUGGCAUUAGACAUGGUUUAGGUGGUAUAGUUGGAAAAGUACCUCAAGUUAAUAAUGUUAAUGGAAAAUCAUCUACACUUAGAAUUUUCGAAGACAAUGAUGAAAAUGGAUUGAUUGGAAUAGAUGGUAAUAAUUGUGAUCUUGCUCAAAAUGGAUUGAACAAAGAAAAUACUGUUAAACCAGGACCAUGGUCAAAACCUAAAAAAAGCCGUUCUAAAUUUGUUAAGCCCGUGUCUUCAAUAAAUUUUGAAGUGCAUCAAGAUAACAAUGUGGAACGUGUAACCAAAUUACCUGGUAUUACAGUACCAAAUGCUUUACGUAGUAUCAAAGGAAGUUCAAAUAUUUCCUGUCCAGUUGCAGUAUUUGAACCUCCUGAUCCUACCAAAAAACCCAUGUAUUGUAAAGAUAAAGUUUAUGCUGCUGGGAGAGAUGUACAGCUUGAAGAAAUUAGGUACGAGGUAUUUCUCAAACAAGAAAAAGAUAAACAGAAAGGAGCAUGUUCAUUUAAUUGCGUCAUAAAAUCACCAACAAAAGAAAAUGCAAUUAAACCUUUGAAGAAAGUAAUUAUACCUGAUGAUAAUAAAAACGCAAAUAAUGUUAAGGCUCCGCAUCCAUUACUUACAGAGUCUGAUCCUUUGAGUCAAUCUGUUACUGUCAACACAAGAGCUGCAAUUGAUUUGGUUCAGCAAAUGUGGAAUAGUCCUUGUUCAGAUAAAGAUGAAGAAAACAAAUUAAUUCCAAAAGAGGCAAAAACUAUAAACGAUUUUUAUAUUUAUACUGAUGAUGAUGAUAAUGCAAAAAUGUAUAAGCAAAAUGCAUUUGUUGAUAAUAAUGUUCAAAAUCAAGUAAAAAAUAUUAAAAUUCCUGAAGUAUAUGUUGAUGAUAAUGAUGAAAACCAAAUAAAAAAUAUAAGAAUUCCAGAAGUAUAUAUUGAUAAAAAUAUUGAAAACCAUGUAAAAACUAAUAAAAUUACUGAAGUAUAUAUUGAUGAUGAUGAUGAAAACCAAGUAAAAAAUAUUAAAAUUCCUGAAGUAUAUGUUGAUGAUAAUGAUGAAAAUCAAUUAAAAAAUAUAAAAAUUCCAAAAGUAUAUGUUGAUAAUGAUGAUGAAAAUCAAAUAAACAAUGUAAAACUUCCAGAAGUAUAUAAUGAUGAAAAUAAUGCACACUCAUUUAAAAAUUUUAAAACACCUGAUGUUAAUAUGAAUAAUAGUAAAAUGUUAAAAAAAUUAAAUACCAAAAAAAAUGAUAUAAUGCAUGUUAGUAAAGAUACUGGCAGCAACAAUAUUGCUAAAUCAAAAAUUUUAAAUUAUGAAAAAAAUAAACAAUGUAUUAAAGCUCAAAAUUAUCAAGUUUAUGAAGAUGAAAGUGAAAAUGAUGAUGAAAUAAAAAUGAAUCAAAUUAAAGAAAUCACUAACAACAUGUCCAACAGUUUGUCAACUUUAAAAAAUAAUCAAGAUGAUGUUAAUGAUGAUAUGACUUGUUCAACUAAAGCAUUUGCAUUUAUUUUGACCAGUUCAACACCAUUAGCUCCUGGAAGAACAAAACCUAGUUGUGUUCCUGAAAAUAAAAAACAACCACUCAUAUUAGUUGAAGAAAAAGAAAAUGAUGAAAAUGAAGAAUUUAAAUCAGGGAAAAGUUUGAGUAUGAUAUUAGAAGCAUCCAAAGAACGAAAUAGUAGUUCUUCAUCAGGAAUUAUAUCAAAACUGGAACACCCUUCUACAAUUGAUUUUGGGGACUCCAUCAAUCCAUUUGAUGAUGAAUUAAUAACGAAAUUAUUACGGAAAGUUAUUAAAUUUCCUAAUGAGCGUCAUUUAUCUGGGUAUAGGGAAUAUAAAUCAGAUAUGCCAUGUAUGCGAUCUGAAUUCAAAUUAGGUGAUAGUAAAAUGUUGUUCCUUGGUGAAAUUGGUAAAGGAUCAUAUGCUCGAGUGGUAAGAACUCGAACAGCUGACAAAAAUUCUGAACAAAGAGCGCUUAAAAUUCAAAAACCUUCUUGUACAUGGGAAUGGUAUAUAAGUAAAGAAAUUCAACACCGUCUUAAGGAUUCUGAAAAAAUAUGUUAUUUUAUAAAUAUGGACAAUAUGUACCUUUUCAAAAAUGGGUCAAUAAUUUCUAUGGAAUUUUCUAUAUAUGGAACAAUAUUAUCAGUUGUUCUAGCUCAUAAAGCGGCAUUUAAUCAAUCCAUCCCUGUCCCAAUAGCUGCUUUAUUGGUUUCACAAAUUACAUCAGCUGUUAAAUACUUACACCAAUGUCAAAUCAUCCAUGGAGAUUUAAAACCAGACAAUGUUAUUUUAAAAUCAUUGCCAAAUCAAUCAUUUCUACCUUGUGUACAAUUAAUCGAUUUUGGUCGUAGUAUUGACAUGACAUUGUUUCCUCCUGACACUAGUUUUACAUAUGCUGUUAAAACUGUAGAUUUUGUUUGCCAUGAAAUGAGAGAAAAAUUACCUUGGACUUAUCAGACUGAUUACUAUGGAUUAGCUGGAAUAAUUUACAUGAUUCUCAAAGCUGACUAUAUGAAGACCCAUAAAAUACACAAAGAAUGGGUUAUCCUUAAAGCACUUCCAAGAUAUAUAGACAAGACUAUGUGGGGCGAUAUAUUGAAAACAUUAUUGAAUAUAGAAUCAUGCAAGAAUCUUCCGAACUUGGAUAGUAUUGUUGAAAGAUUGAACAAGUAUCUUUCUAUUCAACAAACAGUGGUAUUAAACAAUCACUUUACUAGUUUUAAAAAGGUUCUUUUAAAAAAUUCUAAGCAUUUAUAAUUUUUUUUUAAUAAU